AUGUCAACCGCAUCAUCUCUUGAGCGAGACGCCGAGGACAAAGGCCCGACGGCCCUCGGAAUCGUCAUCUCCGUCUCGGCUUUGAGUACCGUGUUCGCAGCAGCAAGACUCUUCGUCAGGGGGAAGAUACUAGGAAAAGUCCACCUGGAUGACUAUUUGAUCAUUGCAUCGGUGAUCUGUGGUUGGGUGAACGUUGGAACGGCCAUCGCCGCGGUGGCGCACGGAAACGGACGACACUUCGAUAUCCUCGACCUCGAACAGAAACAAGGCGCCAUCUUAUGGACCAUUGCUGGAUUCCCAGCGGGCGUCAUGUCCUUCGGGCUCCCCAAACUCGCUGUUGUGGCGCUCCUCACUCGGAUCAUGAACCCUACGAACUUGGUUGGCUGUGUGAUUAUUCUCUUCGCCCAAUGCCAGCCGUCGCACUCGCAGUGGGACUUUUCCGUGCUUGAUAAAACAUGCUGGGACAAGUGGAUUCUUGUUUAUUUCGCCAUCUACUCGGGAGGCUUCUGUGCCUUUGUCGAUAUUUACCUGGCCGUGUAUCCUGCUGUGGUGCUCGCGAAGUUGCAGAUGAGCGUCAGGAAGAAAGUUGCAUUGAGUGUCGCCCUGGGGAUUGGCUCAAUCUCUUCAAUCGUUGCGAUUUACAAGUGUACCAGGCUUCCAAGUCUGGCUAGUCAAGACUUUUCGUAUGACACAGCGGACUUGGUGAUUUGGACGAUUGUUGAAGGAAGUACCAUGAUCAUAGCCGCGUGCAUCCCAGUGCUACAGCCUCUUGGCGAAUUGCUAUUUGGCAAGCGCAUGUUCAGCUCUGGCGGCGGCAAAUACACGUACGAGAACUACGGUUCUGGUCCCUCAGGACCGAGCGGCCACAUGCGAUCGGAUAACAUUGAGCUUUCACGGUCGCGAGAAGCUCGAAAGCGAGCUAUGAGACAGGCCGACGAGAUCAGCUUCGACGAUACGACGACGACGACGGCCGUCGCAAAGGGAAGCCAGGAGAGCAUACUCAAUCAGCACAACUUCAACGGGAAGAUCAUGAGAACCGAUGUGUUCACUGUCAGCGUUCAGCAGAACAAAGAGGCCUGA